UAACCAGGAAGUAGAAGAUGUGAUGGAGAACGCUUCAACUACUGAACUGACUGAUGAGAAACGACGAAGAAACAAAGAUCAGUUAACAGAGAGAGAUACACUACAGACUGAACUACAGACUGAACUACAGACUGAGCUACAGACUGAACUACAGACUGAACUACAGACUGAACUACAGACUGAACUACAGACUGAGCUACAGACUGAACUACAGACUGAAUAAUAGUAAUAGUAACCCAGUAGAGAUGGUGAGCACGGUGAUGGAGGUCGGAACCGGAGUGUUUAUCAUCGGACUGGUCUGGAUCUCUGCUGCUCUGAUCGGGAUGAUCCUACUGAGAGACACGACCGGGAAGUUAGGCGUUAUCCCCGUCUUCUUACUGGCUCUCACCAUCACGUUAGUGCUGGUGUUUUUCCCUCGCAGCCCUGAGACACCUCCCCCGUUCAAAGAGAUCGAGAUAGUGGACACUUUGUUCAUCGGCCGCUACGUCCUGCUGGCGGUGGUGAGUGCCGUCUUUCUGGUGGUGUUCUUCAUGCUGCUCCCCUUUCAUUUCCUGGAGCCGGUGUAUGCCAAGGCCUUAAGAACACAGUAGAGCUGCCAGGGUCAGAGCUGGCACCGGGAUCACAUCGCUGAUGUACACAACUUAAGACAAGCAGGGUACGACGAGAGCCCCCCGCUCCCUCCUUUCACAUGGAAACAGACUACAGAAUGCAUCCCAAACAGAAGCAGCAGGAGAGCCAACUGUUGUUUACGUACAACCAACAGAACAGAGACAUCCAACAGUACCCAGGUUGUUCUAUUUAUAUUUUGUAUCAUUUAAUACAUGAGAUGAAGAAAUUGUUUUUAUAAUAAAUAAAGAAAUGAAACAUUUA